AUGCACCUGGAGCGGCUGGGUGGGCUCGGCGCGGCCGGAGAUGACCACCCGCUGGCCUGUAGACAGGCGGAUGAUGAUAGCAAGGUGACAGCCGUGCACGGGGGCGAGGCUCUCAGGGAGGUGGAGCGUGCGCUCAUGGACAUCAGCGCCUCGCACCCGGGCGCCGUCACGCCGCGCAGGUCCAUCAUCCACAAGCUCCAGGAGGCGCUGCGGGAGAUAGAGCUCGGGGAGUCUGCGCGGCAUGACGCGCAUGACGACGGGGAUAUCGAGCUGGUGUUCGAGCCGCCGCUCAGGGGCGGGGACGCGCCCGCAGGACCCGGCGAGUCGAGCGGGGGCGAGAGCGGCGCAGGGACGUCGAACUACGGGCCGAUCAUGGGUCUGUUCCGCAGCCUGCUCGCGAAAGCGGAGGAGAACCCUCGCGGCGCCAGUGCCGUCCUUGCGGACGCCCCCGGCCCGACCGCGACGCAGCCGCGGCAGGACGCGAGCUGCCAGCGUGCUUCCAGCGCCGAGGGGUUCCGCGUCGCGUGCGUGACGUCUCGCGGGACCCGCGCGCACCGUUCCGAGGGGCGCGACGCGCUCGCUGACAGCAGGGCGGCCGUGUUCCGCGCCAUCGCGUCGCUCAAGGAUGGCAUCGCGGCGACGCGCAGGCGCACGUCCGAGUACGACAAGGCGUUCGGGAAGACGGAGAUGGAGGUGGACUUCCUCCGGAUCAAGCUGGAGCGCAAGGUCCGCGAGGCGGCGCGGGACGACGGGCGCGCGGUGGCGGAGCUGGCCGAGCUGCUGGACGUGCUGUGGGACGCGCAGGGGCAGGAGCGCGUGGCGAGGGGGCAGGAACAGAUUCUGCUCGAGAACGCAGCGGCUCUGAGAUACUAUCUGCAAUGCGUGGAGGACGUCGAGAGCGAGGCGGCGCAGGACCAGUCCCCGGACUCCGUGACGCGCGCGCUGACCCUCGUGCAGCUCGCGAGCGCGUCAUGUGGCCUGUCAGGCGUUUCAACGCGCGCCGAGACCAACUAG